AUAUUUCUAGGACCAUUUCUUAUAAUUUUGUUAGGAAGGAAAUGAAUUCAGUAAAAAAGAAAAGGGGUGGAUACAUUUGUUGCAAAAAUCUGAACACGCAUGAGAAUGAGAGAAUGUGAACCUUAAUAUUCCACACGAUGUCAACACAGUCAUGGGAUGUCACGGGCCGUGUAACUCUUUGGAAUCAUAGUCGUCCAGGCUGUAUGAUUAAGCCGUGUAGCUCAUUGUUUUCGUUGUCAAAUCAUGUAUGAAUUUCGUAAUAUUAUAGAGUAGCAGACAGAUGCAGAUGCGAGAUGGCCGGUUAAAAAGGUUUAACUCUUAUGAGUAGGACGACAAAGAAAUUUACUUGUCCGCGCGACAAAAGUUAAUGCCGAAGCGCUUCUCUUUCCAACUAGGAUCUGGUAAACAGCAACACACGUGACUUGGAGACCACUUCCAGGACAUAAUCGUCAAUACAUAACAAAAACUCCCAUUGGCUGCCAAAAAUCCCAAAUAAUUGGAAAAUUGAAACUCUCUCUUUCUUCCCUGCCAUUCAAUCCAAACAAGUCAACGAAAGGGAAAGUGCGUCAUCAAAUGCCAAAUUACAGUUUGUUUAUUUGUCUGUCUGCAAGCAAUUCUUUUGGAGCCUAUUUGGCUGUGACUUCAAACUUUUUCUCAUUUCUGAAACAACGAAUAUUCCUUUUCAAGGUCACAAUCUAAAGGAAACACAUUAACAGCAAAAUGAAGAUUCUUUGUUUCUCUGUUUAGCGACUCAAUUUCUCCUUUUCUAAUAUCAGGUGGUUAUGCUUUUUAUUGUUUUCUUCUCAGUUCUUGUUGGGAUUCCACAAUUGGAAGUUCUGCUAAACGUUUGCGUUGUAAAGAUAUCAUCUUUUUCUCCAUGCAUUCUAGUUGCAUUGCUGAGCUUUAUUUAUUUUUGCAUGAAUUGACAUAACAAUUUCAGGUUUGAAACAAGCUGGAAUGUGAUAGCUUAAUUGUUCAUCAUUUUGUAUAUCUCAAUUGUUGCAAUUUGUUUUACUAUAUUCUGAUUCUAGGAAUGUUUGCUUGCAUGAUCUUUUGUUUGUUUAGUCUUUCUCUGUUGGUUCAGUCUUUACUAUUGGGAUCACAUUGAGCUUGAUCCAUGGAAUUGCAAGGCUUGGAAGUUGGUUCUGGGCCUCAAUUUCAAGUCUGUAAUGUGUUUUCUCUACAAUCAAAUGAAUUCCAAUGCAAAAGAAUUCUUUGGCCUUCCACUUUAUGGAACCAAUCGAACAGUACAAGGUAUUUCUAAUUUGUCGCACUGGUUUCGGGCAUAAAAUUUUGAGGCUUCUGAAAUCAGCAUUAGCUUGGAUAAGAAAAAGAAAAAGCAAAAGCAAAAGAAAAGAAAUUAUGUGGAAUAAUUGGUUAUUUUUCCUGAAUCCAAAUGAUGGUUCUCCUUAAAGCUUUCCUUUAGAGCCCCUUUCAUCACAAAGUUUCAGGGGUCAUACAUUGUCCCAGUUGACUUCAGUUGUAGACAAUUCUCUAUACCAAUCUAGAUGCUUAUACAUCCCUGAAAGCAUGGCUUUUCAAGAAGCUCUUAACUGCAUGUCGAAGCUUGCAGGUGCUUUACUUUUUUGGUUCACUGGUGCGUCCAGUUCAAAUUUGACAUAGCAAAUAUCAGGCAAUCAACAUGGACCAAGGACUCCUACACAAGUUAAGCACAUUACAUCCACUAGACAUAAUCUUACUGGUUUUCGCUUCAGCUUUAGAUCAAAAGGAGAAUCUUCCUCUCCUGUGGUGUCAGGUAAUAUUUCAAUUUUCAUGAUGAGGCUCCUCUGCGGAGAAGCUGAAGGACUUCAAUCAUUCUCAAUACUCUCAUUAGCUGCCACUCUGGUACCACCAUUUAAAAACUUAGCUUCGAAAGUAUUAGCUGUUCCAUUGGAAAAUGGUGAUGUACAAGUUCACAGAUCCAUAGAUCAAAGGCCUUGUGGAGUUGGGCGCCAUGGCUGUUCAGGCCUCUCAUUUCCUGAAUUAAAUUAGACAAGAUAUGCUGUUGAGCCUAGAACUGGCAUUGAAUUUCCAGCGAUUUUGGACACCUCAGCUGGAUAGCAUAAAUCUUGUUUAACUUCAGAGGUUCUUGUAGGAACUGGAUCCAGAACUAUGAAAAUAAUCAAAAUAAAGUCACUGAAGGUUUAUGCAUUUGGCUUUUAUGUCCAUCCUAACUCUGUCUGUGAGAAAUUGGGUCCAAUGUAUGCUUCUGUUCCUGCAAAUGAAUUAAUUAAAUGCCGUGACUUUUAUGAGGAUCUUCUCAGGGAAGAUACUGGCAUGACUGUUCGGCUUGUCAUUAACUGUAAUGGGAUGAAAAUCAAUGCUGUGAAGAAUGCUUUCGAGAAAUCACUUCGAGCCCGUUUACUGAAGACAAACCCCGAUACUGAUUACAGUUGCAUGAGAGAAUUUGGUUCCUUCUUCACAAAAGAUAUUCCACUACCUGUGGGAACAACAGUUGAUUUUCGCUGAACAGAUUAUGGGCAACUAAUAACGGAAAUUGGAGGUAAACAGAUUGGAGCAGUCCAUAGGGCUUUCUUUGACAUGUAUAUUGGAGAUAUUCCCGUGUCAGAGGAAACAAAGGAAGAGAUUGGCAAUAAUGUAGCCCUUAUUAUUAGGAAUUGUUAACCCAGUUAAAUGCAUUUCCACUGUCUUGGUUUUUAAA